AUGCGAAGUCUACUCGUGGUUCUCUUUAGUCUUUACUCCUCAGUCAUAGUGUCCGCCUUCACUCCCCCUGCGCUUGGGGAAAGGAGGAACGAUGCCAAAACACCUUUGAGGAUUCUCCCCCUCGGCGCCUCGAUCACCUGGGGACAGCAUUCCGCGUCAGGAAACGGUUAUCGGAAGCCUCUUCGAGAUGGGUUACGGUAUGGGGGAUGGGAGGUGGACAUGGUUGGGAGCAGGAACAAUGGAAACAUGGUGGAUAAUGAUGUCGAAGCCACCGAUGGCUACACCAUCCAAGAGGUCGCAAAUGCCUCUCUACACUCCCUUCCUUAUAAACCCAACGUGGUCCUAAUCGAGGCCGGAACCAACGACUGUCUACUUAACGACGACAUCCCCAAGGCAGGAGAGCGGAUGGAAGAAUUGAUUCACGCCCUCAUCCACGCAACAGACAUGCAACAGACAGCGAUUGUUCUAGCCACACUUCUGCCGUCGGGGAACGAGAACAUCGUAAAGAAUCGCCUCAGCGUGAACGAUCAAUACCGCGAGCUCGUAAAAGCCUUGCGCAAGAAAAAUGGUAUCUCUAUUGUUCUGGCAGACAUGGAUCCCCCUCCGCCCAAUGGUGCCCACGGCUGGAUUUCAUACCCGACAGACUUUACGGCGGGGGGUAAAACGGAUGAAAUUCAUCCCAAUGACUACGGCUACGAGAAAAUGGCCGUGAUCUGGAAUAAGGCUAUCACAGAGGCUGCUGCUAGUCAGGGUUUCAUCGUUAAGACUGCAUCCAUCCUACCCGCUUGUCCUACCCCUCCCAUCAAGGGUGACCGCCUCCCCUGUCUUAAGGAUCAUAUUGGCGAUGACGAUAGACAAAUUUCAAAUCCGGGUUUGCCGAAGAUGCCUCCUGCUUGAGGGCAUGGGGUGUCGCAGACCGGGCGCAAGUCACUAGUUAUAUUGUACGCAUUCAGUAUUCGCUGCGAUGACCACCAAUAUGCUGAAUGGCGAAGGAAGACUCGGGAACCCGAGUGGCUAUCACGUAGUUGUAAUAGGGACAGUCAUCAUACAAUUUCUUUUUUUUCGUGUCGUUAUUGCUGAAUGUAAACUGCGGUUCGAGUCUAAGCCACAUUAAGAACCAUGGUAAGCCCCUCAGUUGAAAAAAAAAAAAAAAAAAGGAAAUCCUAACUCAGGGUAAAUAACCAGAUAAGGCUGAAUCUGGUAGAUUAAUAUGUUGUUGCAUACAUUCUUCUAGAACAUC